GGAUGGAUUCUGGCACAAUUCCAUAUCUUAACACUGCCGUAACAGGUGUCUUGUUCCUUGUACUUGUCUAUUGCUACCAUAUGACAAGCAAGAGGAGAGCUGCCAAGAGCAAAAGGGCACCUGAACCAGCAGGUGGAUGGCCUAUAUUGGGCCACCACCAACUCUUAGCAGGCUCUCAGCUUCUCCACAAAACAUUAGGAGCCACAGCUGACAUCUAUGGUCCAAUCUUCACCGUAAAGCUUGGGUUGAAUCCAACUUUGGUAGUUAGCAGUUGGGAAUUGGCCAAGGAAUUGUUCAGCACCAACAACCUGGCUGUGAGCUCUCGGCCACCUUUUACAGCUGCUAAAUACUUGGGCUACAACUUCGUCAUGUUUGCUUUUUCUCCACAAAGUCCAUACUGGCGUGAAACACGCAAAAUAGCCAUUUCAGAAUUACUAUCAAACCGCAGGCUUAAUCAACUGAAGGAUGUCAGGAUUCAUGAAAAUGACUCAGGCGAUGUUGACGUUGAUUUGAAGGAAUGGUUUUCGGGCUUAACUCUAAAUGCGAUUCUUAGGACGGUUGCAGGGAAGAGGUAUUAUGGCAGUGCUGUGGCUGAUAAUGAUAAAAUUAAAGCACAGCAGUGGCAGAAGGCUGUGAGGAAAUUUUUCGAGUAUUUAGGGAUGUUUGUUGUGAGGGACGCUCUACCUUUUCUUGGGUGGCUGGAUAUUGGUGGCCACGAGAAAGCCAUGAAGAGAACUGCAAAAGAAAUGGACAUUAUUCUAGAGGAAUGGUUGGAAGAGCAUAAGCGCAAAAGGCUUUUAGGCGAGGCUGAUCAAGCAGAGCAAGAUUUCAUGGACGUUAUGCUUUCGGUCCUUCCAGGCGCUGAUCUUGCAGGUUAUGAUGCCGAUACAGUAAACAAAGCCACAUGCUUAUUAAAGAGACAUUACGGUUAUAUCCAAGCAGCACCACUCUUAAUACCCCGUCAAUUCAUUGAGGACCGCACUAUAGGCGGUUACCAUGUCCCAAAAGGCACCCGGGUUUUAGUGAACAAUUGGAAAAUUCAAAGGGAUUCUCGUAUAUGGCCAAAUCCAUUGGAAUUUAAGCCGGAGAGGUUUCUUACCACGCAUAAGGAUGUCGAUUGGCGAAGGGCAUGCCCCGGAAUCUCUCUUGGCCUCCACAUGGUGCAUCUAACAUUGGCUACUUUUCUACAAAGAUUUCAAAUUUCUACUCCGGAAAAUGCACCGGUGGAUAUGAUCGAGAGCUCCGGAUUAACAAACCUCAAAGCCACCCCACUUGAAGUUCUUCUCUCACCGCGCUUGCCUCCUCACCUUUAUGCCUAG